UCGACUUCCACCGCCAGGACUCUCGAAUGUGUCAGACUCCGCCCCUGGUUCAAACCCCGCCGUACCGUUGAAGCACCGCCCUUUGAACACGCAGGCUCCGUGUUUCAGCUCGUCCUUACAAUAAGAACUCAACUUCUUCUCCUUGUUCAUCCUUUGUCCUCUGCAAACCCGAAUUCGACCAUUAAUUCGCCUCUUCAUCGCUGCCCUUCUUGAUUUCACCAGUAUUAGCGGACAUGGGCAAGUUCAGUUUCAAAAAAGGUGAUGAUGAUGAUAAUGAAUCUGGACGACGAGCCCUCUUCGGCUCCCGGUCAAAGGACAAAUCCCCCGCACCUCAAUCCCAGAACCCUUACGCACAAAACCCUUACGCACAAACAGCCAUCCCCGCCGAUCCUUAUACAAAGGCCAAGUUAAAUGCAGGCGUCAUGCCUCCGCCCGAACGAGGCCCAUCGCCAGGCCCAGGUCAGGCUGGCUAUGGCGGCGGACGAGCACCGCAGGGUGGCUACCCUGGUGGACUGCCCGGCCCUGGUCAGCAACGGCCUGGCAUGGGAGGAAGUGCAGGCGAUAACAAAUAUGGCGGUGGAGGAUAUUCAUCCGAAAGAUUCGGAAACCAGAAUGGCUAUGGAGGAAGCGGCACGGGCAGCAAUCCAUACGCAAGUGUUCAACAGACCAGUGGCACUUCACGACAGGGUGGUUAUGGUGGUCUAGGGGGCAGUUCAAUGGACAACGACGACAACCGAGAUGCUUUGUUCGGCGGAGCACGUGAACGUGUGGAAAAACAGCAGCAAGCCACGCAAGCCAGUGGGCCACCGGGCUAUCAAUACCAACCAGAUAACGAGGCAGCUGAUAGAAGUUAUGGGGCGUACGGUGACCGGCAACUGACGGCCGAGGAGGAAGAAGAGGAGGACAUCCAGGCCACCAAACAAGAGAUCAAGUUCAUGAAACAACAAGAUGUGGCCUCCACUCGAAAUGCACUCCGCAUCGCUGCACAAGCCGAGGAAUCUGGGCGCAAUACUCUGGCUCGUCUCGGUGCGCAGGGAGAGCGGAUGCACAAUACAGAUCGAAACCUGGACAUUGGAAACAACCACAUCAAUGUGGCCGAGGACAAGACCAAAGAACUCAAGACACUAAACCGAAGCAUGUUUGCGGUCCACGUCAACAACCCAUUCACCGCCAAAGAUCGAAAGGCCAGGCGUGACGAAGAGAUCAUGGAUCGACAUCACACAGAACGCAUGCACCGGGAAGCCACACGUGAGGCUGCUUUUAAAACGUCUCAACGUAUGAACCAGAAUUUCAAGGGUCUCGAUGAUGUCUCCUCUCAACCAAAGCAAAAGACGAGUCUCGCUGAGCGCGCCAAGUAUCAGUUUGAGGCUGAUAGCGAGGACGACGCCAUGGAGAAUGAGAUAGACCGCAAUCUGGAUGAUUUGUCCGGCGCAGCCAAACGACUCAAUCUGUUGGCCAGAGCCACCGGCGAAGAGGUUGAGCAACAAAAUCAACUGAUCCAGAGAAUUGCGGAAAAGAGCGACAGAUUCGACGACAGAUUACACUACCAGACCGAAAAGCUCAAACGGAUACAUUAAGAGCAACAGACAUGAAUUAUUUCCUGCUUACAGUCUUGACCUUGUAUCAGAUUCUGGAAUUCCAGUAUUAUAUCACGUGACCAGACGUCGGUACAAGGUCCGCGGGCGUUGGGCGCGUUCAAUUGACAUCUAGGAUAGACAGCGAAGUGACGAAGUAUGAAAACAUUGCUAGUACGAACGAAACGCACCAGGCGAACAUUGAUGAUGGUGGACUUGCCGGAAAUUGGUAGUAGAGCCUCAAAUGUCCGAGAUCAACAAGAUCAGCACCCAAAUAAGCAUUUGAUAUACAGUACCUCGAUUUCCAUGUCGCUCAUGUGCAUCAUCUGCAACGUUGAUUUCAGGCCGGCGCCGCGUGUGAUCCUGGGAUGCUUCGUGGCUUUCCACCCAGGAACACAUGAUUUCCACGUCGAUCUCUGUGGGGGUCCAUUCGGAAGAUUUUGAACAUGCACGACACGGAAGAAUGAAGCGUAUCCAGACCUCAGAUGUUUCCUCUCGAGACAUCCAGCAGCGGUUCCUCGUUCAGAAAGAUAGGAUCGCCCUCAGAUUUUGACUUGUCCAUCAUCUAGUCGUCAAUGAUACAGGCA